GCGGCCAGAGUCGAGUACAACUGGUCAGUGUCCAACAUCAACGUCAAGAUGGACGGCGUUAACAAUCGCCUCGCGGUGGCAGUCAAUGGCCAAAUACCGAUGCCGCUUGCCAUUGCGUCGCUCGGCGAUACACUCGUAUUGAACUUGCGCAAUGAGCUGAAUGAGCCCACUGGGCUGCACUCCCACGGCAUUCUCAACAAUGGCACCAACUAUUAUGACGGGGCUGGGAUGGUGACAGAGUGCGGGAUUGCUCCGAGAUCGCAGAUGGCCUACGAAAUCCCGCUUACGCAGACGGGCACGUACUGGAUUCAUGGGCACCACGGCAGCCAAUAUAUCAACGGGCUGCGCGGACCGCUGAUUAUUGUUGACCCAAAUGGCGAGCCCUACAAGUAUGACGAGGACAUUGUGCUGACCUUUGAAGACUGGUUCCCUAAGGCGUCGACCAUCAACACCACUGAUCCGACAAAAAAGUACCCAUUGGCUGUUAUCAAUGGUAUUUCUGGCGACUACGCACCCGACUUAAAAUUUGUUCCCGGUCGCACGUACCGCGUAAGGCUGUUGAAUAUUGGCUCGUCCACUAUGUUCCGGUUUGGCAUCGAGGGCCACGACAUGCACGUGAUCGAGGCCGACGGAAUAUCUACAAAGAUGAAGAAGGUGCAGAGCGUGACUUUGGGCAUUGCUCAGCGAGUGUCGGUUCUGAUCAAGGCGCGUCCAACAGCCGUUCAGAACUUCAGGUACCACUUUGACCUAUUUAGCGAUAUAUUCCCCCGGUUGAAAGGUUACAAUCCGCGCAGGCACAUGGGGUCGAUAAUGUACGGCGAGGAGUUGGAGUAUGGCCCGGUCGAGCAGAUGUUUUGGGAUGAGUUUGAUGAUUUGAGUUUAGUGCCGCUUGACAAUGAGCCAUUGCUCCAGCCCGACGUCGUCCACGAUAUAAUCUUGAGCGCCCAGCGCACGCCGACUGAUCUUGUGCGGGCGUACAUUAACGGAAUAUCAUUUGCGCUGCCGAGCAUUCCCUCGCUGUUUACGGCGCUCAACCACACAGCGAACACUCGCGUGAGCUCGACUGACUUUGGCCGCCAAUGCAAUGCCAAGAUACUGCGCCACCUUGACGUUGUAGAGUUGCGGUUGCUGAAUACAGACACGGUGCAUCACCCGAUGCACUUGCAUGGCCACUUUUUCCAGAUAGUCGAGAGGGGAACAAUCGGCGAUCCGGUGAGCGCGAGAAUGUCCUCGAACACGCCGAUGCGCCGAGACACGAUUCUGAUGGCUCCAAACACAUACGCUGUGCUAAGAUUCCGGGCCGAUAAUCCUGGCGUGUGGAUGAUGCACUGCCAUAUUGAGCGCCACAUGGAGCUUGGUCUUUCAAUGAUGUUUGUAACGGCACCUGAGGUCAUGCGCGAGAGAAUCAAGGUACCGGAGAAAAUGAAGGAGCAGUGCAGGCUGCUGGGCAUU